ACUCUCCCAGGAAGCUCAGGCCUCAUGGAACAUGAAACCAGUAUCUGCUCCUGCUAACAGAGGCUCGCGGAGAGCUCCAGAGCUCUAAAACUGAGAGAGGCAGAGGUGGGACCCCGGUUUUGUCUGGGAGGACAAAAGUAAAGCCUGCUUCAGGCCCAGCCAGCUGCUUGCUCCCGAAGACGGGUGCUGCCGUGGGCGGAGUGGCACUGCAAAGAGGUGGCAGCGGGCAGAAGCUCAGGGCACCCAGCAGCACAUGGCUGACUACCAGCAACCACAAGCCCGAGCAUCAAGGGAUGAAUUCUUUGGGAACUUACACACCUUGGGCAGUAGGAAGGGGUUUGAGGGUGAAGGUGUUUGAUACCAUAGGGCUGGAGGUGCCAGGGAUACCCCAUUUAUGUAACAAAACAGCCCUAUUGUGAGAAGGGGCAGGAUCAGUACUUAAUCAUUCUGUGGGUGGGGGUAGAACCCCAGGUACGGUUAAAGGCCAUGGGUUGAAUCCCAAGACACCAAGCCAUCUCAGCACAGGCAGGUGUUUCCAGGAAUCCCUGUGCACACUGAGCAGGUUUCUUAGGGGGAGAGGGUUGGGCUGUGAUCUCCCUGAGGGCAGUGACACUCUGUAGAGGAUCUGGGCUCUAGAGGAGGGAACCCAGCUAAGGAAGGGAGUCAUCUGAUGCCGAGCUCAGAGGCUAUCCGGAAAUGCCAGCAGAGUCCCACAUGGGGGUCCAGUAGCCAGGGCCUCAAAUCCCCUGUGGCUGGAUGUCAUGGUCACUGGGGACACUUAGGGACAGCUCCCAUCUUUAGUACACUGUCCAGCUCUUCCUCAUUUUAGUUGCGGGGUCUGUUGGCUUGCACUGUGUCAUGGCUAGUUGUGAGCCUGUGGACCUUGUUAUUUGUGAUAUUAGGCAAUUUUUCUGGAGUUGUGCAACCUUCAGGUCUGAUGGUCAUCUUCCGGGUACUGAUUUUAAACAGGCCAAAGGUUGACUGUGUUGUUCCUGAAUACUCAAGGGGAACCCCCCCCAACCCUGUCUGCCUAGACUUCUGCCAACUUGGUGUUUAUUCCAGGAUGACCUAGAAUUGAACCAAACAAAUUUACUGAGGUCAGAUGAAUCUGCCAUUUGACCGUCCCACAGACAUCUGUCACCUGUCAUACCUUGUCCUGCCCAGUGAUUGGUACCAGAACCGGAACCAUAGCUGCUGAUCCCUGGAGCUCAUCACUGGGAACAGAAUGAGACUAGGUAGUUCCUGUGCCCUGGGAGAGGCGAGAGCCAGUACGGAGGCAGGUGACUACUUCCCUUCCCAUGGUUGCUGUUGUUUUGUUUAAGACGGGUUCUCCGCAUCCCAGGCCAUAACCAGCAGGAAGUAGUCUAAAGAGAACUAAGCCCCUGUUCCCCGCUACCCUUUCUCUCAUACCUAGAGUUGGGGAGUUGGAAGGGGAUAGCGAUAUUAGAACCCCAACAAAGCAGCAUAAAAACUAUACUGUGGCCCCUUGUCUUCUGAACACUGUUUUGUGUGGUACUGGGGUGGAACCAGCCCCUCUGUGAAGCAAACACUAACGCCGAGCCUUUUCAGCUCUAGCCCAGGCUGAGCUCAGGCUCAACCCUCCCGCCCCUGCCUCCCGAGUGCUGAGAUUACAGGCAAGCAGCACCACACCUAACUGUAGACAUCUGUGACAGUGAAGGAGGCCAUGUAAGUGAUGGCACCGGGCCAGGCACUGGGGUGUAUGCCUGUAAUCCUGGCUUCAGAGACGGACACAGAGGAGUCACUUUAAAGUCAUCCUUGGCUACAUAGUGACUUCAAGAAAGUCUGCUUGUGGUGGCCCAUGGGUCGUGCUUGCUUGUUUUUCUGUUGUUUUACACAUACAUACAACAUAAACUAAAAUAAAUGUAAAACUAACCCAGAGAAAGCUUGUGUUUUGUUCGCAUGCAGAGGCACCAUGUUCAGGCAGUGUUCCCAGGGGCCAGGAGAGGGCGCUGGAACCUCCGAACAGGAGUCACAGACGGCUGUGAGCCGCCGUGUGGGUGCUGGGAAUGAACCCAGGUCCUCAGCAAGAGCAGCCAGUGCUCCCAACCACUGAGCCACCUCUCCAGCCCCAUGGCACGUGUUUGUCAUUCCAGAAAUGGGGAGACAGAGACAGGAGGACCCCCGGGGCUCAGCAGCCAGCCUGCCAGGCUAAAUCAGGGAGCUCCAGGAAGAUGAAAGGCCAGGGCUCUUUUCCUCUGGACAGACUGUCCGAGGCUGACCGUGGGCCUCCACACUUAGGCGCGUGUAGGUACACACAUGUAGCCCCUCACCCCACCGGAAGCCUCAAACUGAAGCCAAGAAUUGCGCAGGGAAGCAGCUGGUUCAUGUCUGUCACCCCAGCUAUUUGAGAGGCUUCGGGACGAUUCAAAGUUUGAGGCCUGCCUGAGCCACACAGAGCGUUUAAGGCGCCCUGGCCAACUCCGUGAGACCCUGUGUCAAAAUUAACAGGAGAGCGGGCAGAAGGCUGGACUGCCUCACCGCCAGUGUAUAAGCUCCUGGGUUCAACCACAGGCAUCACAACAAUCACGAAAAUAGAGUAAUAAUAAACAACAAUAAAAUACUUGCAGGGACUGUAGGUAAACCCAAAAGGCCUGUUGGGCCGGGGCUGCCAGUUAUUUCUUUUCUCUGGGACACGUUCACUCCAAGGUGAGGUGUAGGGGUUAGGGCAGGCUUCUUGGCCCACAUGGCUGACAUGGACGGAGUCAGGGAACGGAUUGUGAUAUGGAAAGGUCAGGGUUUUGCAUCUGUACCUUUCUUCUUGAUGGAUGGUCCCAUCUUUGAUUCAUGGGUUCUCCAAGGCUGAUAGCUCCGUGCAAAUCUGAAAACACGCUGCUCUGUGUGGGAAGGAACCCAAGCCACAGCAGAAAGGCUGGCUGCCAGCAGGGACUAUAAAAGGCCAGGCCACGGCCCAUGCACAAGUUCCGCCAUGGUGCUUCCUGGGCUGCUGCUGCUGCUGCUGCUGCUGCUGCUGCUGGCUGGCGCCCGCUGGCUGUGGGGCCAGCGGGGACCCUCGAAUCUCCACCUCCCGCCUCUCGUCCCCGGAUUCCUGCACGGUCUGCAGCCCCACCUUCCCAUCCACCUGUUCCGCCUCACUCAGAAACUCGGGCCCAUCUACAGGAUCCGCCUGGGGCUGCAAGAUGUGGUGGUGCUGAACUCUCACAGAGUCAUUGAGGAGGCCCUGAUCCAAAAGUGGAUGGACUUUGCUGGCCGACCCUGGAUGCUGCAUGAAAACCUGGAGUUUGAUCUGUCCCUGGGGGAUUACUCUCUCACCUGGAAGGACCACAAGAAACUCUCCCGCUCAGCCCUGAUGCUGGGCAUGCGGGACUGCAUGGAGGCCCUGGUGGAGCAGCUGACCCAGGAAUUCUGCGAGCGCAUGAGAGGCCAGGCUGGCCGCCCCGUGGCCAUCGACAGGGAGUUCUCUCUCCUCACGUGCACUAUCAUCUGGCGCCUCACGUUCGGAGACAAGGACAGCACGCUUCUGCACACCACCCACAGCUGCGUGCGGGAUUUGAUGCAAGCCUGGAACCACUGGUCCAUCCAACUCUUGAUUCUUGUUCCCCUUCUCAGGUUCCUUCCCAAUCCAGGCCUCCGGAAGCUGAAGCGGCUCCAAGACGACUGUGACUGUAUCGUCAGGGAGCAGCUGAAGCAGCACAGGGACGUCCUGGUCGAAGGCCGGUGGAAGGACAUGACCGACUACAUGCUUCAGAAAGUGGACAAGCAAAGGGGCACGGGGCGGCUCCACGAAGGGCACGUGCACUCGUCGGCAGUGGACUUCCUCCUCGGGGGCACCGAGACCACGGCCUUCACCCUGUCCUGGGCCGUGGCCUUUCUGCUUCAUCACCCCGAGGUGCCUCGUGAGGAGAGCAAGGCCCCGCCCUCCACUGCCCGGCCUGGGCUGUGCUCACAGAGGGCCCUGGGCUCGGCUAGAUGGCCGGAGGGAGGGGCAGGCAUCUGCGAGCCGCCUGACCAAAGCUUGGUGCCCAGAUGCCAGCCUUGCCCCUUCUUCUCAGAUCCAGCGGCGACUGCAGGAGGAACUGGACCUCAAGCUAGGCCCCGGCUCCCAGCUCCUGUACAAGAACCAGGCCCAGCUGCCCCUGCUGAGGGCCACCAUUUCCGAGGUGCUGCGCCUGCGGCCGGUGGUGCCCUUGGCCUUGCCUCACCGCACCACUCGGGCCAGCAGCAUCUCUGGCUACGACAUCCCCAAGGACACCGUUGUCAUCCCCAACAUCCAAGGCGCCAACCUGGACGAGAUGGUCUGGGAACUGCCCGGCGAGUUCCGACCGGGUGCGGCUGCAGCCCCGGAACCGGGUGUCCCAAGACCAGGGCCAGAAAUCCUUGACGGGAUAGGACUGGGACCAGCCUCGUGCCUCAGUUUCUCCUUUAUUGCUCCAUCCCCCUCCCCUCCCCCCUGUAAACAUGGUGCU